AGGGAAAAGGAAAGAUCCUAGCUGAGUAAGAGUCUUUGGAGUUGCCUAACCUUGGUCACACACUAAACUACUAAAGAGUCUGCUCGUCUUCUCCAAAAAGCGAUUCCUCCUGAGCUCCUACUAAAGAGUAAGUCUUCAGUCUCUCUGUAAUUAAGCUUCAUUGAUUUAAUAAUGGGUCUCUCGCUGCAUUGUUACAGGUUCAUUUUGUAACGGCAUGAGAGUUUGAGAGAGCGUUGUUUCUGGGUUCUUCUUCUUUGAUACUUUUAAUCUUAGUUCUCGAAUUAGGGUUCUUCAUCCGAGGCGGAUUUAGAGAGAGAGAGAGAGAGAGAGAGAGAGAGAGCACUCGUCUUGUGGAAUCUCUUUGGUCGAUUCAUAUUAGUGAAUUUUGUUGUUGGAACUUGGAAGUUAGGAGCGAGUUCAAUAAAAAUCUAAUCUUUCCAGGAUUAUUCAGUGAAAAAGUUUUCAUCUUUUCCUAAGCUGAAUGGAUAGGAUAAGUCAAUUGCCUGAUGAACUUCUCUUGAGAAUAUUGUCUUUACUGCCUAGUGCUAAAGAUGUUGUUGCCACAAUGGUUUUGUCUAAACGCUGGCAAUUUCUUUGGAUGUUUGUGCCAAGGCUUGUGUACGAUGAUGAUAGCUAUCAGGGUAUUAUAGAUUACGGAAGAUUCUCGCGGUUUGUAGACAGGUCUUUGAUAUUCCACAAGGCUCCAGUGCUAGAAACUUUGCAUUUCAAACUUGGUAAAAUCUGUGGUGCUGGAGAUAUUCAUGUAUGGAUUAGAGCUGCUGAUAAAUGCUCUGUGCGUGAGCUGAUUAUUGAAAUCCACACUUCUUCUAGUGUAACUCAGGCCCCACUUCCAAGGAGUUUGUAUACAGGGUGUAGCAUGCUUGUCAAAUUGAAACUAGAUAACGCGGUUCUUGUGGAUGUCAUCUUUUCCUCUGUUUCUUUCCCAUCCCUCAAGACAUUGAGCCUUUUAGCGGUGGAGUACCCAGGCGACGAUUUUGUCAAGAGGCUUUUAUCCGGUUGUCCUGUUCUUGAAGACUUGGAUGUGGUACAAUGUCCAGAUGACAAUGUGACCAUUUUCACUGUGAAAGUUCCAUCUCUCAAGACUUUAUCCUUGCGUACAGUGAAUAAAGUUGAAGACGAUGCACAAGGGUUUGUGAUAGAUGCUCCUUCUCUGGAAUGGUUGAAACUUGUUGAUUAUACGGGUGGGUUUUGUGUCAUUGAAAAUAAUAUGCCUAAUAUUGAAGAGGCAUAUAUUGACGUCGAGUAUCAUCUUCCUCGUAAGAUUCUGACUUCUAUAGUUUCAGUCCAGCAUCUCGACUUAUGUUUACUAACGUCAAAGGAUGCAUAUCCACUUGGUAGUAUCUUCCGAUGUCUUAUACAUUUAAAGAUAUGCACAUGUGACACAGAAUGGUUGAAUCUACUUAUGCGUGUGCUUAAUGAUUCACCUAAAUUACGAGCUCUCAAACUGGAACAGUACCAUCCCCUUCGAGCUGACGAACCACGCCCUUGCUGGAGUGAACCGAAUCGGGUUCCAAUGCUAUCGAGUCUUAAAACUCUCGAAUGGGUUAAGUAUGAAGGAACGAAAGAAGAGAAAGAAGUGGCGGCUUUCAUCUUAAGAAGGGGAAGAUUCUUAGAUAAAGUAACAAUCAAACCAAAAUCCACCUGCCACCGCGAGAAACUUGAAAUGAUAAAGGAGUUGUCGCUUUUGCCAAGAAGUUCGUCUACUUGCAGCCUUUCGUUUGACUGAAGUUACAGGUUCAGCUCCGAGAGAGAGAGGAAAUGUGUUUAAUAUUCUAGUGGUUUGGUCUGAAUCUUAGAUUCUGAGUCGUCUUAAGCACUUUAUUAUGUCUUCUUUACCAAACAAAUUCCUUAAGUUUUUUUUUGCUCUGCGUCUUUGCGUUGGUA